UUCUUGUUGCAAGCGUAGAUAUUGGUAAUACGUACACCAGAUACGCAUUUUCGUUUAAAUACGACUAUCAAAAGGAUCCUACAGACAUACUGAUGCAGCCUUAUCUUUGUUCAACAGAAUUAUCAACAGAUAAUCCUACUAUUAUAUUAAUGGAUGACAAAAAAACGUUUGACAGUUUUGGAUAUGAUGCACUUGACAAGUAUAUGGAACAUUGCCAGGGUCAUCUCUACAAAGAAAUAAAGCUACCUCUUUAUAAAAUACUGACAGACAAAGGGAUACAUAAUGUACAUAUCAAAGAUGAAUCAGGGGAAAAGACUCCUGCAGUCGAAGUGUUUCAAGCAAUUAUAAGCCUCGUUAAAGACAAUUUAGAGGCUUUUCUAGACAAGAUACUAAGGGGCGUUCUACCUGAAGAUAUCUACUGGGUUAUUUCUCUCCCUGCUGUAUUCACGGACCGAGCAUUCACUGUGAUAGAAACAGCAGCAAUACAGUCUGGAAUUGCCAAGAAUAAACUCAACAUUUCCACUGAGCCAGUUUCCGCUUUGGAAUAUUGCAAACUCAUGCACAAGUAAACAAGAGUGCUGUACUAUUCAUCACCCAGGUGGAUUAAACAGCUCAGAAGUGGAAAUGUUUCAAGAUGGAAGACAGUAUAUGGUAGUAGAUAUUGGAGGAGAAACGCUAGAUGUCACAGUUAUUAAGAAAGGCCUCAGACGAAAUAUUACAGAGCAGCAUAAGGUUUGUGUUGUUGGUCUUGGUGGUAACAGUAUACACGAAGCACUUGACAAUGUAUUGACAGACAUCGUUGGAAAUGAAGCAUAUCACAGGUUCCAAACUGAAGAAUAUAGCAGAGAUGGUUAUAGGCGUUUGCACAAAACCUUCAAUGAAAAACUGAAAC